AUGUCUUCAAAUAAUGCGUUAAUUCGUUCAAUAACAAUAUAUGCUGGUUUUCCUAUAUUUAUUGGUGGAACAUUAGGAAAUUUACUUAAUGUUCGUUUUCUUUGGCGAACUCGUCACAAUCCUUGUGCAUUUAUAUUUUUGAUUUCAUCAUGUAUUAAUUGUAUUGUAUUAUUUUAUGGUUUAUUAACACGAAUAUUAAGUAUUGGAUUUAAUCUUGAUUGGUCAACAAAAGAUCUUAUUUGGUGUAAAACUCGUCUUGCUUUUACACAAGCAAGUACUUCAAUAUCUUUAUCAUGUAUUUGUUUAGCAAGUAUUGAUCGAUUUCUUGUUAGUUGCCGUCAAGAUAAAUAUAGAAAAUUAAGUAAAUUAUCAACAGCUAGAUUAGCUGUUAUUAUAAUAAUUAUUUUUUGGUUGUGUCAUUCUAUUCCUUAUUUAGUUUAUGCAGAACUUUUAACAAGUUUAACUACAGGUUUAAUAUCUUGUUCAUUUGUUCCAAAUAAAGAAUUUACUAAUUAUAGAAUAUAUGUUACACUUCCUAUUUAUACGGGCUUAUUUCCAAGUUUAAUUCUUGCAAUAAUAGGUAUAAUGACAUAUAAAAAUACAAAUAAAUUACAAAUUAGUCGUCAACGUCAAUUAGUUCAAAAACAAUUAACAUCAAUGAUGCUUAUGCAAAUUCCAAUACUAUUUUUUACAAUAUUACCAUAUAUUGCAUUUACAGAAUAUACUUUGCUUACUACAACUAUGAUUAAAUCUCAAGAUAAAAAAAAUAUUGAAAAUUUAUUUGCCAACAUUUUUCCACUUAUUUUUUACAUAACAUUUGCAUGUCCAUUUUUUGUCUUUUUUGCAUCAUCAAAAUCAUUUAGACAAGAAGCAAAAAUGUUUUUUUCAUGUCAAUUAUUCAUAAAUCAUCGAGUUCAGCCUCAGUCAACAACUACUACUAGAAACAUCCAAGGAAAUUUACCAGCUGUUGAAAAAUAA